AUGACCGCAUCAUCUUGCGUUAUCUCAUUUCAUAUAAAUGGUAUUUCUAACUCAUAUAAAAAAGAAAAAAAAGAAAGUCACGAUUUACCUGCGAAUCCGAUGGAGAUUAAAUUAUCUAAAAAGAUUGAAUUUGAUGAAAUGAAAAAUUUAACGUCAUCAGAAUACCCUAAUGAUGGUAUUGGUGUUAGUAUGAAUUUAAACCCUUCUGAGUACAAAGUAGAAUUAAGUAACUUGCCCUUUGAUUUGAACCAAUUUAUUGGUAAAAUUUCUUCACCAAAUUUCUCGAAUAAUUCGCUUACGUUCAAUGGAUGUUUGCCACCAGAUGCUAAAAAUAAGUUAGAUGUAAUGAACACAAUGGCUAAUGCAUUUACCAAGCUUUUUAAGUGA